GAGUGGAUGAGAGGAAACAUUUGGUGAUUGGAAAGGAUUAUGGGAUUACUGACACAGCUCACUGACUGCACCAAAGUAUCUCCCAUCAUAAUCAUCAACAUCGUCAUUUGGUCUCUGGAACUGUCUGGUUUUGUCUUGCUGGACUAUUCUCUGCAACAAGAUGGAGUUUUUCUGCGGGGAAGAUGCCACCGUGCUGACUUUGAGAGUUGGCGAAGGGAAGUUCUGAAUCUAACCGUCGUUCUUCCACUCCUCUGCUCAACCGAGGAUUCCUCCUCCCUCCUAGGAAGCAUGUGUCCCGUCUUUCCUCUCCUCUUUCUAGCUUUUUGCUCACCUCCCUUCUUCCCCUUUUCGGCGGCCUCACGGUUAUGUCCCCGCCUCUGCCUUUGUUACGAACACACUGACUUGGUGGACUGCCAUGACCGUGGGCUUGAACACGUUCCCAGAGGGCUCCCACAUGGCACCUGGCUGCUGGAGCUUGCAGGAAACAAUCUGAGUGACAUUUGUACCAGAGCCUUCAGUGGGCUGUGGUCCUUACGGGUCCUUGUGCUGGCCAGCAGCCAGAUCCGGGCCCUCCAACCACAGGCAUUCUUCUCAUUGUCCUACCUGGAGAAGCUGGAUCUCAGUGGGAACCAGCUAACAAGUCUCCCUGCUGACUUUUCUGUGAGUCUGUCUGCUCUCAGGGAGUUGCGACUGGAGCGUAACAACUUACAUCAUCUGUCAGCAUUCAGCUUUGAGCAUCUGGACAACAUUGAAAAACUGGACCUCAGUCAUAACCACCUAGUGUCAGUGGGCCCCGGUGUGUUCAGAGGCCUCUCCAGGCUCAGGCAGCUCUACAUGCACAACAAUAGGCUGUCUACGGUGCACCAAGGGAGCCUUGAUAUGUUGCCUGGACUGGAGGUGCUUCAGCUGAGUCACAACAACAUUUCUCAGAUAGACACGAAGGCUCUGGCUCCUCUCUACAGCCUGGCAGUUCUGGCUCUAGAGGGAAACAACCUGCAUCACUUGAAAUUCAAAACCUUCCUCAGUCUGCACACGACAGCGACGCACAUCCAGCUCGCAGGAAACCCUUGGAGCUGCGACUGCGAGCUGCACCGCGUCUUCAGCAAGAUCCUCCACGUUCGCCAUCUACACAUCGACGACUACCGCAACGUGACCUGUCGGCAGCCGCCGCAGCUGGCCGGGGCGUCACUGGCUUGGGUGGACAGCCAGCUGUGCAUCGCGGAAACCGCCACCGUACUCGUCAUCACCGUCACCGUGCUGGUCACGGUGGUGGCGGCCCUAGUCAUGGCAGAACGGAACAGGAAGAGGAACCACGGCAAAAACUGGGACACUGAAUCCCAAAACCACACCCACAGUCCGCCAUCCUGAGAGCACUGAGAGUUGGGGCCCA